CUUAAAAUACCGAACCGAUUGUAAAGAGAAAACAACACAUUUGACAUUUAACAUUGACUCAUUCAGUGAUUGAUAACGUGUAGCGUAGCAUUCAAAAAGGGCUAUUAGAUAUUGCCAUUAUCUUAUUUAUAAAAGAAAGUAAGCAUUUAAAAUCCUUGGUGCCACAUAUAACAUUUGGCUAAAACUGAGGACGGCUGCCACGGCGUCUUUUGUGUGUUUAUUAUACUAUAAUAAUUAUAGUAUAGUUGCAGUGAAUUUUUAAUUAGGUUUUAGGUUAGGUAGAGGGAUCGAUUUGGGGGUCAGGUUAGGCAUAGGGAUCGAUUUACGGUUCAGGUUAGGCAUAGGGAUCGGUUCAGGUUAGGCAUAGGGAUCGAUUUAGUGAUACUGAUACAUUCGUGAAAUUCGAUAAAAUAGUGGCAGUCGGUCCUCCCCGUUUUUUACCCAUUAUUUGAUCUUACAUAGUAUCAUAGUUAACACUUUGUGUAAAAAAUCACCUGCUGAUAAAUAAGGGUAAUAUAAGGGCUGAGUAACUCACGGAGUUUAUUAAAUGCUUAAUUUAAUUAUUUAUUUUACACUCACAAAAUAAUUAUACAAUAAUGAAAACCCAACUUGAAGUUUCAUAGAAUACACUUUUACACACUUUAUUUCAGGUUCCACCAAAAAGAUAUCAAACAUGUUAGAAAUGAAUAAAAUACAAUACCAAAUACAUUUUCAAAUAUGACGGAAAAAGUAUUAUAAUUACCCAACCAAUGAAAUUUUAGAAUUAUAAUUAAUCAACCAAUAAAAUUUUAAUUCGAAACAUUCCAUCGUCAUAGUAAGGAAAAUUUAACUCAACUCUAGUUACAAAAACAAGGGGAGUAAAUCCCAAACAGAAACUUAGCAAAAACACAAAAGAUGUCAUGGUGCAAUCUCUUUGCACCGCCCACAUAUUUAUAUCCAGUGUUGUAUUGAGUUAUGAUAUUUAUUAGAGUUAAGUAUUUUUAAAAACAAAGGAAAAUGUGGUCACACAAAGGCGAAGCCCAUUACUAGUCUGGCGCCCAAGGACAUCCGCGCCCCCCCCCCCUCGCCCCUCCUUUUUCCCUCCAUUAACUAUGUCUCUGUGGUCAAAAUCUGUAUAGUCUCUAUAAAUACAAUUAAAAAUUGGUGACAUUGCUGAUUGGAAAAUAAAAUAUUUUUUUUUGUGUCAUUUCAGGAACUACAACAGUAGUCAUACAAUAAAUCUGAAAUGGCAUUUUUAACUUCUUUGUUAAAUAAAUCUCUUCAAAGAACACAAAGUUUUAAAGUUGGUCUUCAAAGCUUAUCACGCGUUCUUUGUAGUCCAAGUGCUUCUAUGUGUUCUUUAACAUGCAAGAAAAGUUUCCUGACAUUUGAACACCCGUUGAAAGUUUCCCAAUUCAUUACUGAUAAUCGCACACAUUCAUCUACAAACAGAGGACUCACAAAUAACUUGAUACGCCACAGAAAAUUUUCAUCACACAAUGAAAACAAGACCCAUGGUGACCUUGUUUACCAAGGAAGAGUUGGAAACAUGUUCCGAGCAUUGAAAAUAUUUUCUCUCUCAACCAGUGUAAUCGGCCUUUCACUUCAACCUUACAUCAUGAUAACGUACCAGGACAUGCCUUUGAAAGCAGCCAUCCCGUUCUUUGCAGUGAUUAACAUGUUUGUAUUUGUCAAUCCAAUUCUGAUUCAUUUCAUUGCAAAAAAAUAUGUCAUGGAGCUUUAUUUCAACCAGGAAAAUAAAGUUUUCACUGCUGUCUUGCUGACAUUUUUUGCUAGAAAAGAAAUAUUUACUUUCACAGCAAAUGAUGUUACUGUUCCUGAUGUUCCUAACAUGUUUGCUAUGCUUAUAGCUAAAGGGAGGCCAAUCUUUGUCCUUGAAAAUGACUUCACAGAUAUGGAAGUGUACAAGCAUCUCAUGGGCUUUGAUAAGCCGCUUGACUUAAGUAGCAUAACCAAAGACUAACUUUUUUAAAGUAAUGUUGAAAAUGUAUGCAGUGUCAUCUUGCAUUAGUUACAAAAGUUGUCAAUAAAAUUAUUGUUUAUAUUUCUUCUUGCUAUAUAAUUUUUAAACUUUUAAAAGCAGUGCUCUUGUUGUGUCUUUGUAUGCUCUGAUCUUUAUCUGUCCCUUUAAAUGCAGUGCUCUUGUUGUGUUUGUGUAUGCUCUGAUCUUAAUCUGUCCCGUAAAUGCAGUGUUCUUGUUAUGUUUAUGUAUGCUCUGAGCUUAAUCUGUCCCUUUAAAUGCAGUGAUCUUGUUGUGUCUGUGUAUGCUCUGAUCUUUAUCUGUCCCUUUAAAAGCAGUGCUCUUGUUGUGUCUGUGUGCAGUGUUCUUGUUGUGUCUAUGUAUGCUCUGAUCUUUAUCUGUCCCUUUAAAAGCAGUGCUCUUGUUGUGUCUGUGUGCAGUGUUCUUGUUGUGUGUAUGUAUGCUCUGAUCUUUAUCUGUCCCUUUAAAUGCAGUGCUCUUGUUGUGUCUUUGUAUGCUCUGAUCUUUAUCUGUCCCUUUAAAUGCAGUGCU